GUAACAGCAUGCAAAAAACUACAUAAUAUAUACUGGAUCGUGCAGGUUUAGUACUACAUGGGAACCUCCUUUGACAAAAAUGGGCUACUCCAUCCGUCUCCUUCGCCCCCAUCCCAUAUCCCUACGGAAACAAAAAAACCUGCAAAAGAGACCUAGGGAGGAAGAGAAAGAAGAGAUCGCCGGAUCAAGAUCGGAGGUAGACCACCGGACGGCGAACGGACUACGCUACCCCGUUUCAUGGAGUCCGGAUGCAGCGGCGUGAACAUCAACGGCGUGACCUGUGGACCUUCUCACGGGAUCAGCAUCGGAGGCCUCGGAAAGGACAAGUUCAAAGCUUGCGUCUCCAACGUCACUGUCACCGACUCCACCAUCAAAACAUCUUUGACUGCCGUCAGGAUUAAGACUUGGCAUGGGGGAUCGGGGUCGGUCAGCGGCGUAAAGUUCUCCAACAUUCAGUGCCAGGCGGUGAAGACGGCCAUCAUGAUAGAUCAGUUUUACUGCGAUGGAAACGGAAACCACUGUGCAAACCAAACGUCGGUCGUGGACGUGAGCGACGUGUCGUUCCAGGGCAUAAAGGGCACCUACACCGUGAAGCCCGUCCAGCUGGCGUGCAGUGAGUCCCUCGGGUGCACGGGCAUCACAUUGGGAGGCAUAAUUCUCACGCCUGCCGGGACCGCCGCAUCUCCCGGGAGGCUUUAGUUUUGAGCAUUCGAGAGUUUAUAUUGUUAUAUUCUCUCAAUUCUUCAUUGUAUUGUAGCAACCUACUUAUUAGAGUUCAUAUAAUCCUCGUGGUUUGUUUUCUUUCUUUGUGAAAGGGUGUAAAUUGAAAUCUUAGUAUUCGGAUUAAUUUAUUUCUUCUCAGUAACCGUGUAACUCGAUCUAAAAGACCCUCAAGUUCGAGUUCAAUCACGUUUGACCCAUUUUUAGCGAGUCAUUUCAAAUUCAGUCAAGAAACCUUUGUUUAACCAAUAUAUUUGGAUCGGAUCUCGGGUUUAAAUAAAAUUAGGUCAGUUCU